CGGCUCACGCUAUUGCCACUGCUUCACUAGAUAUUUUAGCUAAUCUUGAGAAAUCGUUGGAUGUGAGAUCAUCCGAACCCUGGAGUUACCGUCGGCUCCCAACUCCAACAGCUACUUUUCCUGCCAUAAUCAAUAGUGAGGAAGAGGAUAGUGAAAGUGAACAACUUCAGACUCGUGACAACCAUAGAAAAAAGACAAUUUCAAAGAAAGAGAGAGACCAUAGGUUAGAUUGCUUUCUACAACCCAACAAUGAUGCAGAUGAAUUCAUUUGCAAACAAGUCCGUGCUUUGAGGAAAAAGUUGCAGCAGAUUGAGAUGCUUGAAGAGAAGCGGUCCAAGGGGCAUGCUCUUGAUGACCAGCAGAUUGCAAAGCUCCAUACUAGGUCAGCUUUGGAGAAUUCUCUUGCUGAGCUUGGUGUUCCGAUUGAGACAAUGCAGGCAAAAGUAUCUUCUGUAUUGUUGGAUGGAAAAGGGAGUAAAAAGGGAGAGGUAUUGAAAAAACAGAGGAGAAAGAGCAAACAAAAAGGACAGGUUGUAGUAGAGUCUACUGAUUCUGGCAUGGGUCUAGAACCAUAUCCCAUUAAGGAUUUCCUGGAUGUUCAGAUCUCUCAAGUCAAGCAUAAGGAUGAGGAGGCAGAGGUUGAAGGAAUGGCUGCCAGCCAAGCCUCUGAAGAGUCUCCCGGUUGCAUUAAAAAAGGCAUUGAAGACACUCUGAAGAAUAAGGGUUCAUUACCAACAGCAUCUAAGAAGAAGAAAAAGAAAGGUGGGCUUUCUAUGUUUUUGAGUGGUGCUCUUGAUGACAAGCCCAAAAAAGAUUCUGCACCACCGCCGCCACCAAUGCCUAAAAGUGAGGGCCCUGCUUGGGGUGGUGCUAAAAUUGCAAAAGGAUCCUCCUCUCUCCGUGAGAUCCAAGAUGAGCAGAGCAAAACCAAGGAGAUUCAGCCCACUAAAAGCAAAGACCAGGUGGAAGAUGCUUCUGAUAGUAAGAGUGGUGGGAAAAUUCAUAUGAGUUCAUUUUUGCUUUCCAAUCCAAUACCAGUCAUCUCGGCUCAGACGUCACAGGUGUCCGAUGGAGAAAGAAGCACCCCUCCUUGGAUUGCUUCUGGGACUCCACCUGUUCAUUCUCGGCCAUCUCUCAGGGACAUCCAAAUGCAACAGCAGGGAAAACAUCACCCAAGUCUUUCCCACAGUCCAAAGGCAAGAACAACUGGAUUUGCUAUCGCUACUGGUCAGGGCUCACCUUCAGAUUCUGCUGGUUUGAACCGCUGGUUCAAACCGGAGGUUGACACACCCUCAUCGAUCCGUUCAAUUCAGAUCGAGGAAAGGGCCAUAAAGGACCUUAAGCGCUUUUACAGUAGUGUUAAGAUUGUGAAAAACCAAUCUUAAGACAACUGUGUGGUAUUGCUCUGACUGGUUCCAAUUGGGUCCUUUGGUUCCCCCCUCUUUUCCCUGCUGUUUAAUUUUUUUUGGGCAUUUCUGUAAAUUGUCCAUGUAGAUUUCUGUGUACAUUCAUCUCCUUAGUGUUUACAAGGUAGACAUUUUUCUCCUUUUGGUAAAAAGUUGAAGAGAUGUUUUAUCUUGUAGCUACAGUCUGCGAACAAGGAAUUUAUUUUGAAAUGGGCACUGUUUUUUGUUUGCCCGAACAUAUAUACCCUCUUGUGAGUUUUGACUCUAGUUUGCAGCGGCAUUUAUCAACCUUUUCAGCAGCACAAUUCAAUAUGUCCUGUUCCAUUGCUAGAUUGAGGGCAUUUUUCA